CCUAGACACAACACACAAACGACCCAAAGACACGUUAGUCAGACUCAGUCUCUCUCUCUCUCUCUCUCUCUCUCUCCCUCUCUCUCUCUCUCUGUUAACCCAACACACAAAAGAAAUUAAUUUAUUUUCUACUGCUGCAAAAAUAUUUUGUCGUUGAUUUUUUUUUUCUUGAUUUCCUCGUUUAAUUCACUUGUGUUAUUUUCUGUGCAACGUGCAAAAAGAGUGUAGAGAAGAUUAGCAGGGAAUCUGGAUUUUCAUGUUUUGCGUGGAAAAUCUUUAAAGCGCUAUCUAUCUUACGUUAGCCCCACGAUAGCCUCCACCACCACAAACACUGUCACCAGAUUUUGUUCUCUACCUUUACCUCUUACCCUUAUAAAGACCCACCACCACGUACCUCCAUUACCACCACCACUUCCGCCGCUUAUACCUUCUUCUAUAAGCCAUCACUUUCUUGAUUUUUUCUUUAUAAAGGAUUCUUUGCUCCUCCAUACAUUCAAGACGACCAAAGCAAGAAAACAAGAAAACUUAAAAUGACUACUAAGCUUCUUUUAACAUUUGCUAUCUGUCGUCUAAUUGUGACGGUAGGGUUGACCGUUGACCCAUCGGAACUACUCCUUCUUGGGGUUGACGGUCAACUUAGCGUCGACCAGUUUGAUGUCGAAACGGCGUCGCUGGACUUCGGCUUGCUUACCCGAGCAGAGCCGAUGGCAGUCUUGCACCCCGGUUCCGCCGAUGACAUUGCCCGGCUUGUUCGAGCGGCUUACAUAUCGUCUCAUGGAUUCACUGUCUCGGCUAGGGGACAUGGGCAUUCCAUAAACGGCCAGGCGCAGACAAGUAACGGGGUGGUGAUUGAAAUGAGUGGGGGCUCGAGAGGGAGUCGGUUUGGAUUGAGGAAGCUGGAUAAGCCACAAGUAUCGAUAAAGGAGAAGCACGUAGACGUGUGGGGAGGGGAGCUGUGGAUAGAUGUGUUAAGGAGUACAUUAGAGCAUGGGCUAGCACCGAAAUCAUGGACAGAUUAUCUGUAUCUUUCAGUAGGCGGUACCUUAUCAAAUGGUGGAAUCAGCGGGCAAGCUUUUAAUCAUGGACCUCAAAUUAGCAAUGUCUAUGAGCUUGACGUUGUUACAGGCAAAGGUGAGCUCUCGACAUGCUCAGAAGAAAAAAAUUCAGAGCUGUUCCAUGCUGUUCUUGGUGGUCUAGGACAGUUUGGAAUCAUCACAAGGGCUAGAAUUGCACUUGAACCAGCUCCUCAAAGGGUGAGGUGGAUUAGAGUACUGUACUCCAACUUCUCGACUUUCACCGGGGACCAAGAGUACCUCAUUUCCUUGCAUGGAAACCCUUAUAGCCAGAAAUUCGAUUAUGUUGAAGGAUUUGUCAUUGUUGAUGAAGGGCUUAUUAACAAUUGGAGGUCCUCUUUCUUUUCCCCUCGUAAUCCUGUUAAGAUUAGCUCCAUCGGGGCUAAUGGGGGUGUGCUGUACUGCUUAGAGAUCACCAAGAAUUACGAUGAAGCCACUGCCGAUACCAUUGAUCAGGAAGUGGAGGCUUUGAUGAAACGAUUGAAUUUUAUACCAUCAUCAGUCUUCACAACAGAUUUGCCCUAUAUUGAUUUCUUGGAUCGUGUCCACAAGGCCGAGUUAAAGCUAAGAGCCAAGGGACUUUGGGAGGUGCCACACCCUUGGCUCAACCUUUUUGUUCCCAAAUCAAGGAUGGCUGACCUCGACAGAGGUGUCUUUAAGGGCAUUUUAGGAAAUAACAAGACAAGUGGACCCAUUCUAAUUUACCCUAUGAACAAAAACAAGUGGGACCAAAGGAGCUCAGUUGUGACCCCAGAUGAGGAUGUGUUUUAUCUAGUGGCAUUGUUAAGAUCAGCGUUGGAUAAUGGUGAAGAGACUCAGUCCUUGGAGUACCUGACAAAUCAGAACCAUAAGAUCCUCAGAUUCUGCGAUGAUGCAGGGAUCAAGGUGAAACAGUAUUUACCUCACUAUACUACACAAGAGGAAUGGAUGGACCACUUUGGAGAUAAGUGGGACCAAUUUUCUCGAAGGAAAAUGGAAUUUGAUCCCAGGCAUAUUUUAGCAACUGGCCAGCGUAUAUUCAAUCCCUCCUUUCCUUCUUCUACUAGGACGGUGUCCCCAUGGUGAUCAUGACACACGAUAGUCUACUUAUGCUACACAACAUAGUAUACUAACCUCUAGAAGUUAAUAAUCUUGUACAUAUAGUCUUGUUUAAUCAGUGACGCUGGAUUAAUAGCAUUCAGCAGUAUCAGUGGUCUGGAUUUAAUUUAUUUUAGUAUAUAGCAAGAAAAGAAAAGGAAUAUUGUGGGUUUUCGAA